UGGUGAGGUGUGCGGCGGCGGGUGUCCUCCGCACAGCGCGGGGUCUGAGAACCAGGUGGCCAGAACCAUGACUGCCAAAGAUUAUCCAUCAUUGUGGGGCUUUGGAACAACAAAAACAUUUAAAAUUCCUGUUGAACAUUUGGAUUUCAAAUAUAUUGAAAAAUGUUCAGAUGUUAAACACUUGGAAAAAAUUCUUUGUGUGCUUAGGUCUGGUGAGGAAGGAUAUUAUCCUGAACUUACAGAAUUUUGUGAAAAGCGCCUUGGAAGCUUGGCUCCUGAAAGUAGAGCUUUAAGGAAAGAGAAACCUGCAGCGACAGCAUCUAGUUUUACAGCAGAAGAAUGGGAACAAAUUGAUGGUGAUAUAAAGAGUUGGGUAUCAGAAAUUAAAAAAGAAGAAAAUAACGUACAUUUUCAUGAAACUGAAACAUUUUCAGCAAUGGAAGACAAUCUGCCUCCAGUUCGUGGUUCAAACAGCCGUCUUCAUGUUAGUAAGGAAAAAUACUCUAAAAGUAAGCCAGCUAAAAAGAAAAUUCCAAGGGAUUAUGCAGAGUGGGAUAAAUUUGACGUGGAAAAGGAAUGUUCAAAAAUUGAUGAAGAUUACAAAGAAAAAACUAUAGUAAACAACAAGUCACAUUUGUCUAAAAUUGAGACGAGAAUAGACACAGCAGGUCUAACUGAGAAGGAAAAAGAUUUUCUUGCUACUCAUGAAAAGGAAAAAGGAAAUGAAGCUUUCAACUCAGGAGAUUAUGAAGAGGCUGUGACGUAUUAUACUAGGAGCAUAUCAGUGCUUCCCACCAUAGCGGCCUAUAACAAUCGCGCUCAAGCAGAAAUCAAACUACAGAACUGGAACAGUGCUUUUCAGGACUGUGGAAAGGUCUUGGAGUUAGAACCUGGAAACUUAAAGGCUCUUCUGCGCCGUGCCACUACAUAUAAACAUCAAAACAAGCUCCAGGAAGCUAUCGAAGAUUUGAGGAAAGUGCUAGAGGUUGAACCUGAUAAUGAGUUGGCCAAAAAAACCUUGUCAGAGGUUGAAAGAGAUCUGAAAAAUUCUGAACCUGCAUCUAAGACUCAAAUGAAAGGGAAAAGGAUGUUUAUUCAGGAGGUAGAAGACGCAGAAAAUGAAGAUGGAAAGGACAGUGGAAAAAACCCUGAAGAUGGCAGUGGAGAUAAGAAGGCCGCCGAGCCGACGGGAGCCGGGCGCGCCGCCGAGCCGGGCGCCAUGGGCAACAUCCAGAAGAAGCUGACCGGCAAAAGCGAGGGCGGCAAGCGGCCGGAGAGGGGCGCGCCGCGGCGGGGCCGGGCGCCCGGGGCCGGCGCGGACAAGCGGGGCCGCCCGCCCGCCCCCGCGACGCCGGGCAGCGCCAACGGGCACCCGGGCGGCGGGCGGGGCGCCGGGGACCCCGCCGCGGCCGCCGCGCUCCCCGGUUCCGGCGCGCCGCCGCCCGCCCCGGUCAGCCCCGCCGGCCUGAAGAGCCAGGGCAACGAGCUGUUCAAGAGCGGCCAGUUCGCCGAGGCGGCCCUCCGGUACUCGGCGGCGAUAGCGCAGCUGGAGCCUGCAGGAAGUGGAAGUGCAGAUGAUCUAAGUGUCUUAUAUUCAAAUAGAGCAGCGUGUUACCUGAAAGAAGGAAACUGCAGUGGAUGUAUUCAAGAUUGUAACAGGGCUCUGGAACUUCAUCCCUUCUCAAUCAAACCUCUUCUUCGACGAGCAAUGGCCUAUGAAACUUUAGAGCAGUAUCAGAAAGCUUAUGUGGAUUACAAAACAGUGUUGCAAAUAGACUGCGGAAUCCAGCUAGCAAAUGACAGUGUUAACAGAAUAACACGAAUUUUAAUGGAUCUGGAUGGACCACGCUGGCGGGAGAAGCUGUCACCCAUUCCUGCUGUGCCCACUGCCGCGCAACUGCGAGCUUGGCAGCCUGCAGCAGAGACCCCCCCAGACCAAGUGGGAGAUUCCUGCAGCCAUCACCAGCUGGGCGUCACAGAUGAAAAAAUGUUUAAAGCUCUUAAAGAAGAAGGAAAUCAAUGUGUUAAGGACAAAAACUAUAAAGAUGCCCUUAGUAAAUACAGUGAAUGCUUAAAGAUUAACAACAAGGAAUGUGCCAUUUAUACAAACAGAGCUCUCUGUUACUUGAAGCUGGGCCAGUUUGAAGAGGCAAAGCAGGACUGUGAUCAGGCGCUCCAGAUAGACAACAGGAAUGUGAAAGCAUGCUACAGACGAGCUCUUGCUCAUAAAGGACUCAAGAAUUAUCAGAAAAGUUUAAACGAUCUCAAUAAAGUUCUCCUGUUAGACUCAAGUAUUGUUGAGGCAAAGCUAGAACUGGAAGAGGUAACCAGAUCCCUUAAUAUUGAGGAUAAUACAGCGUCAUCCAGCAGAGAAAAAGAGAGAAGGAAAAUUGAGAUUCAAGAGGUGAAUGAAGGCCAUGAAGAGCCUGAAGGGACCUCAGAGGAGGUCUCCACUGACUGCCUGGCUUCUGAGAAGGGGCUCACAAGCAAUGGGCCACAAGAAUACUGUGAAAAACUACCGAUCACCAAGCCUAACAAUGCCUAUGAAUUUGGUCAGGUUAUAAACGCCAUCAGUAGUAGGAAAGAUCAAGAGGCUUGUGCGCACCUUUUAGCCAUCACUGAACCAAAAGAUAUGCCAAUGUUGUUGAGUAACAAACUUGAAGGGGAUACAUUUCUCCUCCUCAUUCAGUCUCUGAAAAAUAAUCUUAUUGAUAAAAAUCCCUCAUUGGUGUAUCAGCAUCUAUUACAUCUGAGUAAAGCAGAAAGGUUUAAGAUGAUGUUGACACUAAUUAGCAAGGGCCAAAAGGAGCAAAUUGAAGAGCUCUUUGACGACCUCACAGACACACCAAAUAAACAUUUUACUUUAGAAGAUGUACAGGCUCUAAAGAGGCAGUAUGAGCUUUAAAUCAAGAUGAUGGUUAGAUUUCUUCCAUGCAUGUAUAUGUUCCAGUAAUGCUAAUGAAAUGGUAUUCUAAUAGAGUUGCAUGGAUAAAACGUGGCUUAGAAAAGAUCCCUUGGUCUGGACUAUGAAAUAUUUUGCUUAUUUUUAUACAUAGAACAUGUAUAUUCUACAAUCUACUUUUUAUUAAUUGUAAAUAUUUUCUUAUGCACCAGAGCUAACAUCUUGAUAUUUAAUAAUAAGUAUAUUUGGAACUUGUUAAAAUGCAUUUUAAUUUAUAUUAUACAUUUACUUUUAAUAGCUCAGUUGUUAAAAAUUUGAGUUAAAUUACAUUUCUUUGGGUUAUGAAGGAGUCUUCUUAAGUUUGAUAGAAAUGUAUUUCUUUAACAUUCAUUUUUAAAAGUGAAAAUCAUUAACAAUGAUUACUAUAUCACCUUUAUUUCCUGCUAAGAUAUAUAUAAAUCUCAUUUUAUACUACUGUGGAUUACAUUCCACUAAGAUGAAAUGCAACACAUAAAUCUAUAAUAUGAAAUGAUUCUUAAAUAAAUUGUGAUUAUUAAUUUAGAACUAAAAGAGGAACUUAUUUUUUCUAAUGUGGAAGCAUUGCCUAAUAAUUAACAAAAAUUUCUACCACUUUUUACUAGAUUUUAAAAAGCUACUUUCUCUUAUAUAUUGCUUAUGUAAGCAGUAACAAAACCACCACUAUAUAAAAGCAAACUGAGGCUGCAUUUCUAUUUGAAUUGUCACCUCCACAUUUUUUUCAAACAUUUAAAUGUCUUCUCCCUUCCAGCUUUUUUCCCCGUGUAAGCAUGACCAUAUUUAUUCCCUUAAUGUAAAAGGGAAAGUGAAGACCUCUUAACACACUGAAAGCUCCUUGGCUAACUGAGUCCAAGGAAAGGUAUUUCUUACAAUAAAACAUUCUCUAUCACUGUA